CUCCCUGCCUCCCGCUGCUGGCCGCGCCCUACCCGCCGGUGGCUAUUUCAGGCAGCUCCGUAUCGGAAGGGAGGCCACUGCCGAAGGGGGAGAGCCACUAUCGGCGCGCUCGGUCGGUAACGAUCUGGGCCCCGCUCACUAGGAGCUGCCUUAUUGCCGGCGCGCCACAUCAAUGUACGGUCAAUCUCAGCGGAGACGCCCUUCAUAAAGCGGUGUCUACCAGCUAUGGGAACUUCGGCGGAAUUGGAUGAGCAGUAGCCAGAGUGGGGUAUGAAGAUCGGCCACAGGUCAUGUGUAAACCGUUUCAUUUUCUAGGCAACUCCCUGUUCAUAUAUUGGGGGUGACGCGCGAUAUAUUUGUCAAAAAGGUCGUUUAUGAAGAAACACUAGGAAGUAUCCAUACUAGAUCGCCACGAGGAGAGGCGCCUGUUUUUAUCCUUUUCAGUCACCGUGCUUUUCAUAUCGCUUCAAAAGUGGCGACUUAUGCAUUCUGUGCAUUCUGAAUAUUGACAGAGAUACUUUAGACACUUAUGAUUUAUACCUCAAUCUCAAAAUGGAUCCUAUCAGCAAAUUGCUUAGUGUUGCUGCAAUAUUUCUCUUGGCAUCCGUUGAGUUUCAGGUUAUAUGCAUCCAGUCAGUAGUAUUAUCCGAGAGACAGGCAGGGAACCAGACAGAGCCAGUACCAACAAACGAAACAAAUAGGCCACACAAUGCUAAGGAAGUCAAUGUAACACAGAACUCCACCAAAAACGGGCACGAAUCGCCUGCGAAGCUACUCACGAAGCCAGGAUAUGACAUUCGCCGGCCGCCGCAAGACCCCAUCACUGGGAGGCCAGUGCUCGUGCACAUGAUGGCCUUUGCCGACUUCAUCGAGACGGUGAACGAGCAGGCCGGAGAAAUGGUGGUGGCCUUCUUUUUCCGGGCCGAGUGGAACGACAGCAGGGUUCGGGACGUGUCCGAAAUCCUGCAUGACAAGCCUGGCUAUCGGAAAGACAUGCUGCCUAUGUCUGGUAGGCUCAAAGAGACCCUGUGGGUGCCUGACCUUUACAUGCCGAUGGCCAGGCGAGUUGUCAUCCCAACAAUUCACGAACCGGCAGAGAGCGUGACAGUCAUGAAACAUGGAAGCGUCGCGUACUCAGCCUUCUUCGUUAUUGCUCUCAAGUGCGAGAUGGCCUACGUCGACUAUCCAAUGGACGUCCAGUCUUGCUUUUUGGACGUAAUGAGCUACAAAUAUUCCCUGUCAGAGAUGGAGCUCAAGUGGCACCCCGACAGCCUCCAGGGGCAUACGGAGAUCGUCACCAAACAUUUCCGCGUGACCAUUUCCAUCCCGAGGGUGAACAGCUCCUACAUAAUUGAGAAUGCCGACGGCAGCAAACGGUAUGUCAUCCGGCUGCAGAUUUUCAUGAAGCGUCACCUGGCGUUCCACCUGGUUCAGACCUACCUGCCGUCGGCCAUGCUGGUGCUGAUCGGCUGGCUGUCGCUGCUGGUGCCGCUCGACUUUGCCUACGGCCGGAUGGUGCUCUCGGUCACCACGCUGCUGGUGCUGGUGUCCAUCUUUGUCACCAACAGCCAGAUGGCUCCGGGCGUGAACGAGGUGAAAGCGCUCGACAUCUGGCUCUUCAUGUGCAUCAUAUUCGUGUUCUCUGCCAUCGUGGACUGCAUCGCCGACCUGCGCUUCCUCUCGAUGGUGGAGAAGGAGUCGCAGAUCGCCGGCGAGGAGCGUCCCGAGGCCGAGCUGCCGCCGGUGGUGGACGAGCGUGGCUCGUCCGCCAGCCCGGUGGGCCAGCGCCAGUCGCUGGCCGGCGGCGGCGGGUCCAGUGCAUACAUCCGCUUCCACGGCAGCAACACGCCGUUCCAGGCGGACAAAGAGGUCCUCAUCGCCACGCCAGCGGUGCUGAAGUGGCUGCGAAUGGCAGUGUUUCUCGAGAGAAGCAUGACGAUCGUCUACCCCACGCUGUUCAUCCUACUGGUGGCCAUCUAUUGGUCAAUCUUUUUAACGUCCUACAACUUACAAACAGCCGAAUCGCGGACGGCGGACCAGUGGUGACUGGCGACAUUUCGUGCGGUGAGUGGUGAAAACAGUUACAUACCUGAGUCUUCGAACUCAAUUCAUGCAAAUCUCCCGACUGGGUGUAUUUUCACUAGAAAGGUGUAUACCAGUAUUGAGCUUAUCCAGCAGUGAGCAGUUGUAGCAAUGAGGGCGGCUUCGACGUUGUUUGAUGCUAGUGAUCGAUUUUCACAUUCGGCUUUGUUCGUUGCCGAGCGAUGCAGGUGCCCCUUGUGUGAUUGUUAUUUGUAUGUGGCCGCAGUUGAUAAAUGCGAAUAGAUGUAUUGCUGUGAAUAAAAUACCUACCGUCGGAAUGAA